GGUAGUAAAGAUACCGUUGUAGACUUAACUAUUUUUCAAGAGCAGAAAGCUAAGCGAAUUUUUACAUACGUUGAUAAUAAAUAAAUUGUCUGAUAAGAUACAUGGCUGCAACCCUAUUCGCUCUGUUUAGUUAUCGUGAAUUUUACACAUUUAUAAGUCUGAACCUUUAGACUUCGUGGAAAUAACGGUUUAGUUAAAACGAAAUAAUUGUGAACACAGGUGGUAAAAGUAAAAAAUAACUUGAAGGUACUUGAAUUACAACAAUCAACAUCUCUAUAAAAAUUUACAGAUUUUCCACCCUCAGUUUCGAAAAUCAAAUAGUAGUCAUCGAGACUAUUUUUUACCAUGAUUGAUCCUAGUUCAAGUGAGGAGGAAGGCGAAGAUGACCCCAUUGCCAAUGUGCCAUCGAAAGGACGUCUUACACAUGCGCCCAAGGGAGCAAAUACCGUUUCUAUAACAGGUGGAUCUUCCGGUCCCGGUGUAGGAUCAAAUAUUCCUACAUCUGGCUCUAAUGGUGAUCUGGUCGGGAAUCAGAGACAAUCUAAUAUUAAUACCAUUGGAAACCGAAAUGAUUCUGGAAACAUAUGUGUGGCGGCAGGCUUACAAGUCUCCUCUAACAAAAAUGAACAAACACACGGUAGCCGAGUUGAAGGCGGGAAUCUCGAGGUGCCCAACAACUGUAUUCCGAGUGGUAUUUCGCAAGAAACUUUAAAUCAAAGUAUUGGAUCAUCGAGGGCCAACUCAUUGCCGCGGCCAUUGUCACCAUCACCAUCUUUAACCAGCGAGAAGCCUGAAACUGGAGAUCCGCAUGACAAACAUGAACGGGAAGAAGAGGAACGCAAACGACGAAUUCAACUAUAUGUGUUUAUAUCACGAUGCAUUUCGUACCCCUUCAAUGCUAAACAGCCUACGGACAUGACUAAGCGGCAAACAAAAAUAACAAAACAGCAGCUGGAAAUUAUAACUCAACGAUUUCAAGCGUUUCUUAAAGGUGAAACCCAAAUAAUGGCAGAUGAAGCAUUUCAAAACGCUGUACAGAGUUAUCAUGACGUGUUUCUAAAAUCGGAACGAGUUUUAAAGAUGGUGCAAUCUGGAGCAUCAUCGCAACAUGAUUUUCGCGAAGUUUUUCGCAACAACAUAGAAAAACGAGUCAGGUCUUUACCUGAGAUCGAUGGUCUUAGUAAGGAAACCGUAUUGACUUCUUGGAUGGCAAAAUUCGACAUAAUAUUAAAAGGAACUGGAGAAGAGGAUUCGAAGAGACCUUCUCGGAUGCAGCAAUCACUAAAUAGCGAACUAAUUCUUUCCAAAGAGCAAUUGUAUGACAUGUUUCAGCAAAUAUUGUUAGUAAAAAAAUUUGAGCAUCAAAUUUUAUAUAACGCCUUAAUGUUAGAUUCUGCCGAUGAGCAAGCAGCGGCUAUAAGACGGGAAUUAGACGGAAGAAUGCAACGCGUAGGAGAAAUGGAAAAGAAUCGAAAGCUUAUGCCAAAAUUUGUACUCAAGGAAAUGGAGUCUCUUUACGUUGAGGAACUAAAGUCGUCAAUAAAUCUUCUGAUGGCAAAUCUUGAAUCUCUUCCAGUAUCAAAAGGAAAUAUGGAUAGUAAAUAUGGACUUCAAAAACUUAAACGUUAUAAUCACAGUACACCGUCAUUUUUGAAAUUAAUUCUGCGAUCCCACGGAUCCUUGUCUAAGCUGGAGGGUGACUCAGAGGAUGGUUCUACGCAAUUGACAAAAUUAGAUGUUGUACUUACCUUUCAAUUGGAAGUAAUUGUUAUGGAGGUUAAAGGACUUAAAUCAUUAGCUCCCAAUCGUAUUGUUUACUGCACAAUGGAAGUUGAAAAUGGAGAGAAGCUUCAAACGGAUCAAGCGGAGGCAUCAAAACCAAUGUGGGAUACACAAGGCGAUUUUACAACCACACAUCCACUGCCAGUUGUCAAGGUCAAACUGUACACAGAGAACCCCGGAAUGCUGGCAUUGGAGGAUAAAGAACUAGGAAAAGUAACCCUAAAACCUACUCCUCUUUCUUCCAAAUCACCUGAGUGGCAUAGAAUGGUUAUUCCGAAAAACCUUCCAGACCAAGAUAUACGUAUUAAGAUAGCUUGCCGACUUGAUAAGCCUUUAAAUAUGAAACAUUGUGGGCACCUAUAUGCGAUCGGGAAAUCAGUGUGGAAAAAAUGGAAAAGGCGUUAUUUUGUCUUAGUUCAAGUAUCCCAAUAUACCUUUGCGAUGUGUAGUUAUAAGGAAAAAAAAUCGGAGCCGUCUGAGAUGAUGCAGCUUGAUGGAUAUACAGUAGAUUACAUCGAAGCCGCCAGUGCAAACCUAAUGUUUGGCAUCGACCUAAAUGGUGGACGCUUUUUCUUCAACGCUGUUCGCGAGGGUGAUAGUAUUUCUUUUGCUUGCGAUGAUGAGAACGAAUGCAGUCUGUGGGUCAUGGCAAUGUACAGGGCGACUGGUCAGUCUCAUAAGCCAACUCCACCAAUAACACAAGACAAAAAUUCAGCGAUGUCAAAAAUUCAAGGUGACGCAGACAAAGCACGUAAGCAUGGGAUGGAAGAUUUUAUAAGCACCGAUCCUUGUACUUUUGACCAUGCUACACUUUUCAAAACAUUACAAAACCUCACACUGGAGUAUAGGCUUAACGACCCAUAUGCAUCUUUGGGGUGGUUUAGUCCUGGUCAAGUUUUCGUGUUGGACGAAUAUUGUGCGCGUUACGGUGUGCGGGGAUGUUACCGACAUUUAUGCUACCUUUCUGAUUUACUGGAUCGUGCGGAAAAACAACAUAUGAUAGACCCUACUCUAAUUCACUAUUCUUUUGCGUUUUGCGCGAGCCAUGUUCACGGAAACCGACCUGAUGGAGUGGGUAGCAUAACGCAUGAAGAAAAGGAAAAGUUUUCAGAAAUCAAAGAACGCCUACGUCAGUUACUGGAGUUUCAAAUAACGAAUUUUAGAUACUGCUUUCCCUUUGGUCGCCCUGAAGGUGCCCUCAAAGCGACAUUAUCAUUGCUAGAGAGAGUUCUUAUGAAAGACAUUGUUACUCCGGUUCCACCUGAAGAAGUUCGCCAAAUGAUAAAAAAAAGCUUAGAGACCGCAGCGCUUGUAAAUUACACACGUCUCUCAAAUAAAGCUAAAAUUGAAGAGGACUUGCGAGGAGAAGUUAUUGUGCCAGCCCCGAAAAAAUUGGAGGACUUAAUACACUUAGCAGAACUUUGUGUUGAUUUGUUGCAACAAAAUGAGGAACAUUAUGGAGAACUGCGCAAACAUGACAAAAUGGAUAAAAGUAAAAUACGUAAGGAAGAUGGUGAUGUAUCAGGAGGCCACAAUGAAAGCGAUGUUAAUUUAACAGCCGGUACUGGACUCACUAGCACAUCUGAACUGGCUUCUGCAGCAUCAACUGAUGGAUCGUCAUUUCGUUAUUGUAUGCCGACACAUGCAGUAUAUACCACGCCAGUACCAACGGCAUUUGCAUGGUUUAGCGACUUGCUGGUUGAACACGCGGAGAUAUUUUGGUCUCUAUUUGCAGUUGAUAUGGAUAGAGUUUUAUCUGAGCAAGCUCCUGAUACAUGGGAUUCUUUCCCAUUGUUCCAAAUUUUAAAUGAUUAUUUAAGAGCUGAUGAUAAUUUGCGUAAUGGGCGUUUUCAUCAGCACCUUCGUGACACUUUCGCCCCAUUAGUGGUGCGGUACGUUGAUCUGAUGGAAUCUUCGAUAGCUCAGUCAAUUCAUAAGGGAUUUGAAAAAGAACGCUGGGAAAGCAAAGGGAUUAAUGCUGCUUUGAACCCUGCAGCAUUAAACAAUGCUGCCCAGGCGCUCAAUACAGCAGCACUCAACCCAUCAAUGCUACUCAGCGGCAAAAAAGAUCAAGUAAAUUUUUAUGUGCCGAAGUUACCAAAGCAAUCAAAUUCAACAGCGGCCAGCGACGAAAUGAGAAACGGGUGUGCCACCUCCGAAGAUUUGUUUUGGAAACUAGAUGCUCUACAAUCUUUCAUAAGAGACCUGCACUGGCCUGACGCAGAGUUUCGACAACAUUUAGAACAGCGCCUUAAAAUGAUGGCCGUCGAUAUGAUAGAGCAAUGUAUACAACGAACUGAUUCGUCUUUUCAGUCAUGGCUGAAAAAAAACAUCGCCUUCAUAUCGACUGAUUAUAUUUUACCUUCUGAAAUGUGCGCAAUGGUCAAUGUGAUAUUAGAUGCUAAAAAUCAAAGCUUUAAAUUGACUACUAUUGACGGCAUUGAUUUGUAUAAAUUUCAUGCAAAAAUUGACGACCAAAUCGACAAAGCGAAUGUAGCUAUGACACAAGGUCUUAGCGGUAAACUUAUGUCAGUGCUAGAGUCGACUUUGUCAAAACUAGCACGAUACGAUGAAGGUAGCUUAAUAGGCUCGAUUCUUAGUUUUACAAAUGUUUCGAGCUCAGGAAAAGAUCUUGGACAAGGAUAUGUUAAUUUCUUUCGAAAUAAUAUGGAUCAAGUACGAGGAAAGAUUGGCGACGACUUAUGGACUUUAAAUUUUUUUGAGCAGUGGUACUCGCAGCAGAUUAAUAUGCUAUGCAAUUGGCUGUCGGAACGUUUGGACCAUGCUCUGCACUAUGCUCAAGUUUCAUCUAUUUCUCUUAUAAUCAAGAAAAUAUAUUCAGACUUCGAAUUACAAGGUGUAUUGGAAGAUAAGUUAAAUUCUAAAGCAUAUCAGGCGGUCGCACAGCGGAUGGCAACUGAGGAAGCGACAUGUGCCUUGACAAUGCCUGACGUUAGCGAAGAUGAACCCUGCGACGAUCUUCGAGAAGGGGAGGAAGAAGACACUGGCGACGAAACUACCUCUAACAUACCAAGGGGCUUACCAAAACCAAAAGUAGCUGCCGCUCAAGCUGCUGCUGUUACCAACGUGGUUGCUGGCCGUGUGGGAAAUUUACUGGGCAAAGGCAUUGGCGGGCUUAGUUCGAAAUUAGGAAGCGGAAGUUGGUUCUAGACGCUGAUAGUGUUUUAAAUUUUGUAAUGAAUAGCUAUUUUUUUUUUAAUUCCUCUUCUUUACUAGAAAUAUCAUUAAUUUACAUUUCUUAAUGAUUUAAGGUGGCAUUAAUAAUAUACAAAUACACAGCUUUAAAAAGGAAUUUAUACCUUUGUCAAUAAGUUGUUAACACCCGAACAAAUAAUUAUCUAGCCACUUUAUUAGGGAGAAACCAAUAUAGCUACUUUGCCUUUUGCUUCUUUGAUGUUAAAACUAAAUAAAAAUGUACUACCCUAUUACUACUUUACUAAAUAUAACGUAUUAAAUCCCAACUUAAUCUAAACAAAUAUAUAAAUAGUAUAGUUUAUCAUGAGUUUUGAAGGAUAUAUCAAUAAUAUGGUCUCCCGCACGUCAUAACUGAAAGCUGAGCUGUUACCUGGCCCAAUCUGCCUUCUCCAAAAAAUAAUUAUGUUAUUCGUAACUAAAUACAUAUUUUUGGCUCAUCAGCUGGCUGAAAAAAGCCCACAGUAAGGGUUCAGAUAUCAGUUCUGUUUAUAGUUUAGGUAUGCGUGCGUGCGUGCGGCAAUUUAAGAGAUAGAUAAUUAUUUUAUUUGCUGGACUAACUGAAUAUAUUUGGCAUUUGAAAAACUGUUAAAAGUUUUACUUACUAUCCCUAAUAUUUCUAGAAGUAAUACGUACUUUACUGUCAGAAAAACUAAUUUAUGAGUUUCUACCUGUUAAUAGAUAAACGAAUAAAUAACACACUUGCUUUUCAUAAUCAAAA